CCCACCUUUUGUGUUUCCCCGCACCGUCAAUCAAAAAUAAGAAAAAAAAUCGACCCGAAUCUCCGAUCACAGCCCGCCUUUGAUUAAAACAAUCAUGUUUGGAGUUUAAAUGAACAGAUAAACCUCCAAUUUUUUACCUUUUCACGCUAUGACUGGUACGUAACACUUAGCCCGAUCGAAGCACAGCACCGCCGCCCCAGAACAGCCAGCGAAACAGCAGGAAAUGGCUGCCUUGGACGUGGACAGCAGUCAGAGCGAGUUUUUGCAGCCGGCCAGCGGCGCCCAGGACCAGCAGACCAUGGGCCUCACGGCCAUCCAGUUGACGGGCUCAUCUGAUCGCUGGGAGGUUCUAACGCCUGUGAGCUCAGUGAAAGACGAGUCUGCGGUUGUACAGGUAUCCAGCGGAGGACUCCUGGGCAGCAAUGGACAAUAUGUGGUGCCACUACAGACUAUGUCAGGGCAAACCCAGCCUAUUUUUGUGACCGCAGGGGUAGAUGGCACCAGUGCCAAUGGGGUGCACUACCAAGUCAUCCCCCAGCUGCAGGGCACGGAUGGGGCAUCAUUAAGCUAUGCAGCAUCCACUGCAGAUGGAGCCACGAUGGGCACUGACAUUACUUUCCUUUCGGAUGGUACACAAAGCAUUUCCACAGCCACCAGUGCUAACAACCUCCAGGGCCUACUGAGUCAAACUGGGCAUGUGCAACAGAUUCCCGUCUCAUUGGCCAGCUCAGGGUUUGGCUCGCAGGGCCAGGUUGUCGCUAACGUAUCAAUGGGGCUGCCAGGCAACAUCACGUUAGUGCCUAUAAAUAGCUUGAGUAAUGUGGAUCUUGAGUCUCUGGGAUUGGCUGGGGCUCAGACCAUAGCAACAAGCGUUACCGCAGAUGGCCAGCUCAUUAUGGCCAGCCCCACAUCCACAACAAGUGAGAACCAGAGUGAAAGCCGUGGCAAAUGCACAGAGCCACUUAAUGCCAAUGAUGCUAACGCUAAUGCCUUUGUGCCAACCACCAUCUCUUCCACAACAACAUCGCUCCCCGAGACGAUAGACGGGACUGGAGUUCUCACCCAAGCCACUGCAGUGUCUGCCGGGCAGCAGGACCCGUCGUUCGUACAGCAGAACCACACCACUGAACAGGUAAUGCAGCUGUUACCAACGCAGACGGCAGAUGGAGCGGCACAGACACUACAAAGUGUGCAGCUGUUGAAUGCUGGUACAUUUCUGAUCCAAGCCCAAACUGUCUCGCCCACCGGACAGAUCCAGUGGCAGACCUUCCAGGUUCAGGGGGUUCAGAACCUGCAGAAUCUGCAGCUGCCGGCUGCUGGUGGGGUCUCAUCCCCACAAAUCACCCUCGCCCCAGUGCAGACCCUUUCUCUCGGGCAGUCUGGCACCACAGGAACUAUGGGUCAGAUCCCAAACCUACAGACAGUCACAGUCAACUCUAUUGGUCAGUACCAGCAAGAUGAGAACAUGGAGGGCCACUCAGAUAUUCAAAUCAAAGAAGAGCCAGAUUCAGAUGAUUGGCCAAAUUCCACCCUGAACACCAAUGAUUUGUCCCAUCUUCAUGUGCGGUUGGUUGAGGAGGAUUUAGAGGGGACAGGGCAAGAGGGAAAAAGGCUGCGUAGGGUAGCCUGCACUUGCCCCAACUGCAAAGAGGCUGGAGGAAGGGGUUCAGGUAUGGGAAAGAAGAAACAACACAUUUGUCAUAUCCCUGGGUGUGGUAAAGUGUAUGGCAAGACGUCUCACCUCCGAGCUCACCUACGCUGGCACUCAGGAGAAAGACCCUUCAUUUGCUCUUGGAGUUAUUGUGGCAAGAGGUUCACCCGCAGCGAUGAACUCCAGCGUCACCGCAGAACACACACCGGAGAGAAGAAGUUUGUGUGUCCAGAGUGUUCGAAGCGUUUUAUGCGCAGCGACCAUUUGGCCAAACAUAUUAAAACUCACCAGAACAAAAAAGGGCUAAACUCCACUUCUGGGGCGGGUCAGACAGAAGCUGCCGCCCCUUCGGACACCAUCAUCUCUGGGGGUGGAGCCACUCUAAUCCUGACCAAUCUGCAGCAGGCUGGCAGCCAGGACCUCCUUUCAAACUCUGACCUCCCGCUCCAGUUGGUCACUGUGUCUGCCAGUGAGGUCAUGGAGUGACCAAAAUCCCACUCACUUUCACAGCUCGUCUGCUUUUCACUAUAAAUUUUUAUAUAUAUGAUAAAUAUAUAUAUAUAUUAUAAAUAUAUAUAUUUUAAGAAUGACGUAUCCAUUUAUGUUCAAUAGCAGUCUUUUGUACAAACAAGGCAAAAAAUGACAUUAAAUGUGGUUCCAGUUUUCAUGCACAUACACGCAAGCACCUACAUGCUCAUAUGAACUCCUAUACACAUAACUACAUACACAGAAAUGCCUUAUUUUGUAUCAUAAUCUGUAGUGUAAAAUGCUGGAGGUGCAUGUGUUUUACUUUUGCUCAUAUAUUUGUUCAGGAGACGAUCAUUUGAGAGUGUGAUUGAGAAAUGGAUGUUGUGGUACACAGAAAGCAGGAAGUGUAUGUGUUCGAGUGAGUGAGUGAUUUAUAGUGAGAAUGACAGCGGUAUAAGGACACAGUCUGCUGUGAGGGAGAUUUACUCAUGAUCUGUCCAUUUUUAUUCACCACCUUCUCAGCUGGCCUUCAUACAAAUGUGUCUUUGCUUUUCUUUUAUUUGAUUUCAUAUUAGUGGUCUUAGUUCUCUUAGUGUCAUGUCCUCUGGAUCAUGUUCGAGGAUCUUUUGAUUUCACUGGUCUGCCACCCACCUGCAACUCGAACAAGACAUCAGGCGGCAGAGUCAUACAAUCGUGUAAUAAACUUUCUUUUUAUUGUAUCGUUGUUCUUGUUGCUCUCCAGAUUAUCUUUGUACAAUUCCUAAUGUCUCUUCCAUUAAUUUUUGUUUUCUUCAGCCCCAAGUUGUUUAUAGCCAAAAUUUAUGUAGUCUAAUACUGAUUCUGUUGUAUCAAAGACUAGUUUUGAUUACUUUCUAAACGUGUACAAUUUGAUGUUACUUUUGUACAACUUCCAUUUCUUUAAUUUUUUUUCAAAUGGAACACAAUUAAAGUCGGAAACCUUCCUAUGAAUCUGCAUAACCAAAAGUUUGUUUCUGAAUGCUUCAGUUUUGGUGCUGAUGAUAUGCGUGCUUGUGUGUUAGCUCAAACAUAUCACCUAAGAUCUCAAAACUGGCUAUAGAAAAUAACAUACUGCCAUACUACUUGUCCUAUUUCUGUGGUAUGUAGUAUGUAUAUACUGUGCACAUGCAAAUAUUCUGAAUACAUAAGCUCUAUUUUGUACAAAGUGUGCUGUGUGAACACCGCUGAGAUUUUUAUCCCACA